CCGGGUGUUUGCGUUCCCAGAGUUCCUAUUGGGUUAACACUGGAGGCUCUAAGAUGGCGGCAGUGGCAACCUGCGACAGUGUUGCCGGGAGUACUGGGUCUGCAGUGGCGACAGCCAGCAAGCGCAACGUCACCAGUUUCCAGAAGAGGGGUCCUAGAGCCAGCGGGACCAACGACAGCGGCCCUCGACUGGUGUCCAUUGCGGGCACGCGACCGUCGGUGCGGAAUGGACAGCUGCUGGUAUCAACCGGGCUCCCAGCCCUGGACCAGCUCUUAGGUGGAGGUUUAGCCGUUGGAACAGUUCUUCUAAUUGAGGAGGAUAAAUAUAAUAUUUACUCACCUUUGCUCUUCAAGUAUUUCCUGGCAGAAGGAAUUGUCAAUGGGCAUACUUUGUUGGUUGCAUCUGCUAAAGAGGAUCCUGCCAACAUUUUACAGGAACUUCCAGCACCAUUACUUGAUGAUAAAUGUAAAAAGGAAUUUGAUGAGGAUGUAUACAAUCAUAAAACACCAGAAUCUAAUAUUAAGAUGAAAAUAGCUUGGCGUUACCAGUUGUUACCCAAGAUGGAGAUUGGACCAGUAUCAUCUUCAAGAUUUGGUCACUAUUAUGAUGCAUCAAAAAGAAUGCCACAAGAACUAAUUGAGGCUUCAAAUUGGCAUGGAUUUUUUCUUCCAGAGAAAAUAUCUUCAACUCUCAAAGUAGAACCCUGUUCUUUGACCCCUGGCUACACAAAGCUGCUUCAGUUUAUCCAGAACAUCAUUUAUGAGGAAGGAUUUGAUGGAUCCAAUCCUCAGAAAAAACAGAGAAACAUUUUAAGAAUAGGAAUUCAGAAUCUUGGCUCACCUUUAUGGGGAGAUGAUAUUUGCUGUGCAGAAAAUGGUGGCAACAGUCACAGCCUUACCAAGUUCCUCUAUGUUCUCCGUGGUCUUCUGAGAACCUCUCUUUCAGCCUGCAUCAUCACAAUGCCAACACAUCUGAUCCAGAAUAAAGCCAUUAUUGCCCGUGUCACAAACUUGUCAGAUAUAGUAGUUGGUCUGGAAUCAUUUAUUGGUUCUGAGAGAGAAACUAACCCAUUGUAUAAGGAUUAUCAUGGCUUGAUUCAUAUACGGCAGAUUCCUCGGCUUAAUAACUUGAUCUGUGAUGAAUCAGAUGUCAAAGACUUAGCUUUUAAAUUAAAAAGGAAGCUAUUCACCAUUGAGCGACUGCAUUUGCCUCCAGACUUGUCAGACACAGUGAGCCGCUCAAGCAAAAUGGAUCUGGCAGAAUCCGCCAAGCGGCUGGGCCCAGGCUGUGGCAUGAUGGCCGGAGGCAAGAAGCACCUGGACUUCUAGGGAUUCCUCCUUAGUCGCUGCAUGCAGAAUUCUGUGACACUCUAAUUAUGAUUGCUAAUAGCUUAUGUAAAUAUUUUUCUUAACAAUUUGACCCUCCGCUCCUUGAAAAACACAUGAUUAUAAAAUGGAGCUGCCAUUUCUCAUUUUUUAACUUUUUACAGAAAUAGCACAGCAGAAAUACUUUUAAAUUUUUUCUUCAUGCUAUAGAAGAAAAUAAUUUUGUUUUUAAAUAAACACCAAAAAAUGUCAAAAUCUCAA